AUGUUAAAAGAAAUGGUUUUUUAUUUGCAGAAAGCCAUAUUCUUGAGGACGUAAACAAGUGUAUCAUUGCACUGAGAGAGCAAAAUGCGGAUAGUUUAGAUCGUGCAGCAGGUGCAAUCCGAGGGCGUGCUUCAAGAGUGGCUCAUAUUGUCUCGGGCGAGAUGGACAAUUAUGAACCAGGGGCUUACACCGAAGGAGUGAUGACAAAUAUUCAGCACUUGACCAAGAACGUGAUUCCAGAGUUCAUUUCUCAAGUCAGUAUUGCACUGGAGAGCCUCAGCAAGAACACAGUGCAUCUGUUCGAUGAUAACCAGUUUGUGGACAUUUCUAAGAAGGUGUAUGACACAAUCCAUAACAUCAGAUGCUCAGUCAUGAUGAUUCGGACCCCUGAGGAGCUAGAAGAUGUAUCUGACCUUGAAGACGACCAUGAUGCACGUAGUCGUACAAGUAUUCAGAUUGAAGGGAAAACUGACAGGUUAAGAAAUGGAAGGUUUUCCUUGACAACGUUAUCCAUGGAAGAUGCUGUGCAUUUGUUUGAAACAGGAUGGUUUUACAUCCCUGAAGAAGAUCCUCAGGACCAAAUCCUUGGUCCUACUAUAAAAGCAG